AAUGGCGGAAGUGAAGAACAAGCAAGUGGUUUUGAAGGAUUAUGUCACCGGUUUCCUUAAGGAAUCAGACUUGGACUUAGUUGAAAACACCAUCACUCUCAAGCUUCCAGAAGGUUCCAAUGAGAUCCUUCUCAAGAAUCUCUAUUUGUCUUGUGAUCCUUUCAUGCGAAACCUUAUGAGCGACAUAGGAAUCCUUGAGAAGUUCCUUCCAUAUGCUCCUGGCUCUCCAUUAUUUGGAUAUGGGGUGGCUAAAGUCCUGGAAUCCGGACACCCUGAUUACAAGAAGGGUGAUUUGGUGUGGGGGUUUACUAAAUGGGAAGAGUACAGCUUGGUCCCCUCAUCUCGAAUUCUUUUCAAAAUCGAGCACACCGAUGUUCCACUUUCAUACUAUACUGGAAUUCUUGGUAUGCCAGGAAUGACUGCUUAUGCCGGUUUCUUUGAAGUUGGGCUUCCUAAAAAAGGAGAGAAAGUUUUUGUUUCUGCUGCCUCUGGUGCAGUUGGUCAACUUGUUGGCCAGUUUGCGAAAUUGACCGGUUGCUAUGUCGUUGGAAGUGCUGGAAGUAAAGACAAGGUGGAUUUGUUGAAGAAUAAAUUCGGAUUCGAUGAUGCUUUUAACUACAAGGAAGAGCCUGACCUCGAUGCUGCAUUGAAAAGAUACUUCCCUGAAGGCAUUGACAUUUACUUUGAGAAUGUUGGAGGGAAGACACUUGAUGCUGUGCUGCUAAAUAUGAGAGUCCAUGGCCGAAUAGUAGUAUGUGGAAUGAUCUCGCAGUACAAUCGUGCUCAACCUGAAGGGGUAACAAAUCUGGGAAAUCUCAUAAUGAAGCGGAUUCGUAUGCAAGGUCUUGCUGUCACCGAUUACUAUCCGAUGUAUCACAAGUUGGUGGAGUAUGUGGUGCCGAAAAUCAAAGAAGAGAAGAUUGUAUAUGUGGAAGACAUAGCUGAGGGACUUGAAAACGGCCCUGCUGCUUUGGUUGGCCUUUUUAAUGGUCGCAAUGUUGGCAAACAAGUUCUUGUUCUUGCCCGUGAAUGAUAGCAGCAAUAUCAGCAACAUGCUUGGUUUUCUUUCUUUCUUUUAUGCUAGCUAUAUGAAGAGCAAUGCUACAUAGCCAGCAAAUAUUAUCAUUUUUUACUAGUAUUUGGUCAGUAAUAAUUUGUACUUAUAUUUAUAGAUGUUUUAUACACAAUAAAUAUAUAAUUUGUAUUUAUAUUUA